AUGGCUCCCAUCGCGCAAGCUGUAACGGUCUCAUUGCAAGACCUACAGAAUGGCACUGUAGCCUCGGAGACGCUUUAUGAAGCCUUUGGGCCCGACUCGCUAGGCAUUCUUGUCGUCAAGGAUGUUCCGCCUCAGUUUGCCGGGCUUAGGAACCAUGUGCUCUCCUACUCGUCGUACCUAGGGAACCUACCCGUCUCAGAGCUCAACAAGCUCGAGAAUGAGAAGGCCAAGUACUUGACCGGCUGGUCACGCGGGAAGGAGACGCUCAAGAACGGUCAAGUCGACACGCUCAAGGGGUCCUUCUACGCCAACUGUGCCUUCUACGUCGACCCUGCACUCUCGUGCGCGGCGCCAACCGAGCAAUUCAACACGGACAACUUCCCCGAGUACCUGUCGCCCAACAUUUGGCCGGACGAGGUGACGCUGCCCGGGUUCAAGGAGUCGUUCGAGGACCUCUGCCGGCUGAUCAUCGACACGGCCGUGCUGGUGGCGCGGGCGUGCGACCGCUUUGCCGAAACCGAGAUCGCAGGCUACCCGGGCGGCUACCUAGAGCGUGUCGUGAAGACAUCGACGACCACCAAGGCCCGGCUGCUGCACUACUUCCCCGAGGACCCAACCAACCAGCCGGCCCCCGUAGCCAUGUCCGACGCCGCCGCCAACACCAACGACCCGGAUGAAGACGACUGGUGCGCUACCCACCUCGACCACGGCUGUCUGACGGGGCUGACCUCGGCCAUGUUUGUCGAUGAGUCCCGCGCCGGGUCCAACCCGCUGGUGGCAUCACCGGAAAUCGAACCCAAGGACCAGCCGUCGUCAUCCGCCAAGGGCUCCAACUCGCAUCUCAUCCCACUAGACGAGCUUGAUGCGUCGCCGGACCCGGCCGCGGGCCUGUACAUCAAAUCACGCACGGGGCAAACGGUGCAUGUGCGCAUUCCGCGCGACUGCAUCGCGUUCCAGACCGGCGAGGCCCUGGAGCGCAUCACCGGCGGCAAGUUCAAGGCGGUGCCGCACUUUGUGCGCGGGGCCCGCGCUGCGUUGAGUGAGGGCCGGAUCGCCCGCAACACGCUGGCUGUCUUUACUCAGCCGAACUUGGGUGAGGAGGUUGAUAUGGAGCAGCAUAUCACUUUUGGCGAGUUUGCGAGGGGUAUCGUGGCGAAGAAUACCGUGUCGUGA